AGGGGCCGGCUGUUGCUUUUGACAACGUAGACUCUAGGCCGCAGGCCCGGGGCUGUACAGCAGGCGAUGCCGGAGAUUGGGAACCUUGACGCGGCAGCCGGUGUGAACUGGCUCCGCUCCCAUCACAGCCGGCAGAGCUCCUUCGUCAUCUUCUGUAACUGCACAGGCCGUAGCGUCCAGCCGGUUUGGAUCAACUACCGCGGGUUGCCUGAGACUUACGCCGCGAUGGCAGCGCAGAGCGGCCGCAAGAUGAACACCUUCACAGGUCACCCUUGGAUGUUCCGUGAUGCAAUCUCUGAUGACAGGCUCCUCGUCAAUGGCCACGAGGUCUUUUUCACCCCCCCAGGCCAGGUGAAUGAGAUUGGCCAGCCUCAAUACAUAAUAGUUAAGAUCACCAUACCAGUUUACACGCUAAAGGAGAGGUGUCUGCAAGUGGUGCGUAGCCUUGUGAAGUGGGAGGACUACAGACAUUUAGAGAUUGCCAGAUCACUCCACGAUGAACUGGAAGAUCACCCCCAGGUCCUGAAAGAUCUGCAGCGUCUUCAACAGCUGGCUGAACAGGAAAGAAAGAGUCCUAAUUUAGAGUGACAUUGUUCCUUUCACUCACCAUGUCACCCCAGAUCGACCUGGUGUAGUAUAUAUGUAUUAUAAGCUCUGAACUGCAAUCUGGGUGAACAGAAUGAAUGGCACCAUUCAUUUCAGAUCUUCCCAUGAACAGUGACUGUCUACUGUGAUUAUGACACAAAGCUGCAACCAGCAGUCUACCUGGUUAAUUAGUUAAUUGUCAUAUUUUGUAUUUUCCUUCAUUAUCUUCCUAUUUCUUGGACCAAUUUUUAUUUUAAACAUCACUUGUACCUUUAAGUGAAAACAGUUCUCAGUGAAUCUUUGGCCUGCCACGGUGGGCCUGUCACCAUCAGGCAGCAGUAGAAGUUAGUAAAUUUGGCCAUGAAGCUGGGAUAGCACUGGUGUCUGGAAAGUCACUUGCUGUUUAUUCUAUAAGAUGGCAGAACUGACUGGGAAUGGAGAGGAAAAUGGCAGACUAGUCAGUGUAUGAUGCAAAGAUGUGUAAAAUUGCUGCCGUGCAAGUACAAAAUAUGGAUGCAAUAAAGGGGAAACUAGGUGAUCUGCUGAUGGAACUAGAUAUAAUAGGCAGGGGAAGACUGGCCCAGAGCAGCUACAGCAGCAGAGUAUUUGGGGAGAAAACCCUGACUCUGCAUAGUUUCUGAAGAUGCCAGGAGCAUGAGUUUACCUGAGAAGGUAUCUUAAAUUCACUUAAUUAUAUGGCUGCACAGUGGGGAAAGGACUUUCUCAAUUAAACCUUUAAGUAAAAUGUCAUGAUAUUUGUAUGUGAGCUUGUAGUUGCUUCAUUAACUCAGCUCCCCACUGUAUAUAUUUAUGCCGUAGCCAGCUUGUUCUGCACCGUGACCUCUAAAACUUAGUAUUUGCUGCUGAGCUAGUGUUUAUGGUCCCUGGUUCUGGUCGUCUUUCAUUUUUUUUAAAAAAAAGGAUGACUGUUUGGUCACUUAGUCUUCUCUCCAAAGUGUUAAACACCUGUUUUGCUAUUUCACCACACCUGGUCACUUCAUAUUGAUUUACUAAAUGAAGCAGAUCUGUACCCAGUCUACUGGUAUAGUAGAAGUUGGAAUAGAACCUACAUGCCUUAAAAUUCUAUCCCCUUCCAGAAAUUCCCCUAGGAAUCCUCACUUUAUCUUUAGUUGCUAUCCUAUGUUAGUAUACAUAGUGAUGCUAUGUCAGUACCCAGCCCUCUCCUAAUUCCCCCCGCCCCUUCCUAUACUCUUUAGAAAUUUACUUUCCAUAGUGUAAACAGGUUGAUUCUUCCUGGUGCAAAUAUGUCAUCUCACUUUUCUCAAUGUUCCAGUUCAAUUGUCAAUGCCAGCUCCACUCUACAAGUUUGUCUUUGCCUUUCUCUGUUAUUGCCAAAGGUUUGAUGUACCUGGAAAUGCUGAAACUGUUGGUACUGGUCCAUAUCAGUUGUGUAAGUAUUCAACUGUGGAAGUUCAGCAUUGGUUUGAGAGGAAGACUGCCCCCACCUCUUGUCUUGUUAGUUCUUGCUGUUUUUACUCUCAACAGCGAUUCUCUGUAAAUCAGAAUGGUUCAAGUCCAAGACCGGACAAGUGUCCGAACAGUAUUCAACUGUGAAAGCUAUGAUUAUUGCCGAGCUUGUGAGGUGCUGGUGAUAAGAUCAGUAGCUGAGCUGUGCUAAUGAGUCAGAGUAAAACAGAUUCACAGGAUCAUCAGGCAAAGCUUGCUUUUCAAGUCACAGCUCUGUGAUAGGGACACACUAAGCUCUUGUAUAUUUUUUUUGUAUGUGAAAGCUGAACAAAGCCAUUAAAAGUAUAUUGC